GGUUAGUCGUCGGUCGAGCGGCUUCCCAAGAAUCGUGAUGAAGGUCUGGGUGGUGCUGCUGUUAAUAUGCGUGACGGCGGCUGGUGGAGUGAAGGCGCCUAAAAGCGGCUUCCUCUUAACGUCGCCUAAGGUGCUGCAGGCGGGCACCAGUGAGCGUGUCUGCAUCACGCUCUUCAACGCGCCCGGGCCGAGGCGAAACAUAUGCCUCACCCUCUCGCGCGAGGCCGGGGUCUCCCCUUGGUCGAGGCUGGUGGAGAGGAUACCGGACACUGUGGGCGCUGAUGGCGAUCACUGUUUUGACCUGGCCGUGCCGCGCUCGGCGUCCGCUGGAACGGGUCACCUGGCUCUCAACGUCGCCAAUGCUGCCGGACUCUGCUUAUCAGAUAAGGCGACGGUGACCAUCAAGUCCUUCACGCUGGUGACGCUGAUCCAGACGGACAAGCCCCGAUACCGCCCAGGGGAUAAAGUCCUGAUCCGUGUCAUAUCCCUGAGAUAUGACCUCACGCCGAUCAUCGAAAACGUUCCUGAGGUGUGGGUGACUAGCCCAGACAACAUCCGCAUCGCCCAGUGGAGGGACAUCAAGACCAGCGGAGGCCUGAUCCAGCUAGAGGUGCAGCUCACCGAGGAGCCGCCCCUGGGCAGAUGGACUAUCCACGUGAGGACAAAUGACCGUCCCGAAAGGAAGGGCUUCGUUGUAGAGGAGUAUGUGCUGCCUACAUUCGAGGUCAAGGUCAGGAGUCCAACCUACCUGCUUGAGGAAGAGAAAACCAUCACCGUCGACGUCUGCGCCAAGUACACGUUCGGUCAGCCGCUGAUUGGAGCCACCGUGACGGUGAACGUCACGAACAGUCGCAACCGUGACGGCUCCGUCAGUGUUAGUGACACUCUUUCGACGGACGAGACAGGCUGCGCAUCGUCUGAUCUGAUUGUGGAUGAACUGUUCUCUGGCUUUGGCUCCACAGCUCUCAGCAUCAACGCCACUGUGGAGGAGUUUGGCACGGGUCUCAGCCAAUCAAAGAUCAGAUCAGUGCGCAGAGACAUCUUCAGAUCCAGCUCGGCCUCCGUUCCGGACAACGCACAGCUGUUCAUCAAGCCCGGCCUGCCCUACUACGGCCGGCUCCACGUCGAAGACAGGGAUGGCUCGCCUUUCGCUGAAAAGAUCGUGGAGAUCUGCUUCAGAGCCAAGUACAAGGAGAGAGCCGCCAUACAGAGCGGGGUGGACCCGACGAAGACUCCUGACGAUGCCUUGUUUCACGCUUUUAAAAGGCACUCGGAGCGCGUGCGAACCGAGUUCGGCUACACGCCGCUGAUCUGGGAGACGGAGGAUCCGAAGCGGCUCUCGACGGCCCUCCAGUGCCGCAGCUUCACCACUGACAGCCAGGGCCGCGUCGUCUACUUUAUCCCGCCGCAAGCGCCGCUCGUAGACAGCGUUGAUGUCACGCUGACCACGCAACACGGCGGCGGAGGCCUCAGACGGCGCCUGGUGAGCUUCUUCUCCCCAUCCAACUCCUACCUCACCAUCGAUGUCCACCUGCUGCCCGACGAGCUGCCAUGCCGCGGUGACGUCACCGUCCAGCUGCUGACGUCACUGGAGACGGACGUGCCGCCAAUGGUGUACCAGGUGAUGGCGCGCAGCCAGAUCCUGCAAUCAGGCCGGGUGUCCAGCUCGAGCCUGACACUGCCAGUGACUCCGACCAUGAGCCCGCAGUUCAAGCUGCUGGUAUUCUUCGUGCUGGACUCGGGCGAGGUGGUGAGCGACGCGGUUGUCCUCAAGGUGGAGAAGUGCUUCAACAACCAGGUGGACGUCAGCUGGGACAAGCAGACAGCCCGGCCCGGGGAGUCCGCCUCCUUCACCGUCAGCGCCUCGCCCGACUCCGUGUGCGGCGUUAGCGCCGUGGACCGGAGCACAGAGCUGCUGGGCACCGGCAACCAGAUCACCGUGGAUGGCGUGUUUAGCCGACUCUGGCAGUUUGUCUCACAGGCUCAUGACACGCCAGUGCAGGUGACCACGGAGGACUACUGCCUAAGGCAGCAGAGGAGCCUGGUUCGCACCCUGCAGCAGAGCGGUGCCUCGAAUGAAGAGCUGGGAGCGGACGCCCUGCGAUCCUUCCCAAGGCCUGGCAGCACCAGAUUCCAGGGAUUGGGAGGAAGCGGAGACCCGCCCCGCUUCAGAACCGACCGGCUCGACGCGCUCAAGACAUUUGACGAGACGGGCUUUCUGGUGAUGACCAACCUAGCUCUGGAGACGAGACCCUGCUACAAACGCGUGCCGGCCCAGCAGGUGAGAGUCGACUUCAUAGAGGAAGACUUGAACUUUCUCGGCUUGUCACGAGCAGAUUCCAUAGCAGGUAUAGCGGGUCCAGCAGGUGCAGUAGGGCUCCCAGCAAGUCCGCCUGAGGCGGCUCCCAUAGGGGACCAGGUCCGCGAGUUCUUCCCAGAGGCAUUUCUCUUCUCCAUCGAGACGCUCGGCCCGGAGGGCACCACAGUGCUGACCCAGAAAAUGCCCGACACCAUCACAUCGUGGGUCGGCUCCGCCAUCUGCUCCCACCCCCAGGACGGGUUCGGUGUCUCCAACAAGUCAGACAUCAGGACAUUCAAGCCGUUCUUCACGGAGGUCACGCUGCCGUACUCCGUGAAACGCGGAGAAGUCCUGAACAUGCCGUCCACCGUCUUCAACUUCCUCAACUCCAGUCUGUCGGUGUACCUGGAAUUGGCGGCGUCGGACGAUUACUCACUGGCGGACGAGGUCUCGCCCGCGGGAAUUGACCUCUGUGUACCGGCGGGCCGCUCCGAGGUCAGCCACUUUCCGCUGACCUUCACCUCUCUGGGCGAGGUCAACAUUACCGUCACGGCCAGACUCCGAGACGGCAACUGUGACCAGCCGAACGCCGUCGGCCCAGGCAGCGACACGGUCAUCCGUCCGCUAGUGAUCAAGCCCGAGGGAUUCCCGCAGGAGGAGACGACGUCGCGGUUCGUGUGCCUGGACCGGGGAGCCGAGCCUCACGUGGAGCGGAUCCCGAUGGUGGCUCCUGAAGGCCUGGUGCCGGAUUCUGAGCGGGCCUAUUUCUCCGUAGUGGGGGAUCUGCUCGGACCUUCAUACGACAACCUGGGUCGCCUGUUGGACAUCCCGACCGGUGGAGGAGAGACCAACAUGUUGGCCUUCGUACCGUACAUCCACGUGAGGGCGUACCUGGAGCAAACCGGACUGCUGACUCGCCGGGACCGGGACCGGACCACCAACGGCAUGAGACAAGGGUACCAGUCACAGCUGCGGUACAGACGCCGGGACGGCUCGUACUCCUCGUUCGGCAGGGACGACCGGGAAGCCUCGCUGUGGCUCACCGCUUUCGUCGUCAAAUCGUUCAAGGAAGCGUCCGAGUACAUCGACAUCGACAAGGAGUCGACCAAGGAAAGUGUGAGCUGGUUGGUGCAGCAACAGCAGGAUGACGGCUGCUUCCCUCUCCUCGGCAGCGUCAUUCACAAAGAGUUAAAGGGCGGCACGGAGCGGGGCGGUCCGGCCGCCCUGACGGCGUUCGUCAUGCUCGCCAUCGGAACCAACAACAGCAGCAGCGUGGAGAGAGGCUUCACCUGCCUGGAGCGGGGCAUCAGUCUGACCAAGAAGACGCUGUAUGCCGAGGU